AUGUCUACCACGCCCGACCUCCGACGCGCCGCCUCGCCAACAAUGAACUCUGACCCGGCCGACACAUCCCUCUCGCAGUCGAGCACCGUGGCCAAUGAUGAUUCACUGCUCUCACUGGACCCAGACACGUCCAUCUCCUCGAUCGACAGCGAGGACAAGCAUCCACGCUCGCGCCGGAAGCGCACCAGUCAACGCGAUAGGGCCAUUCUCGAGUCGACGUAUCGCUCCAAUUUGAAACCUGAUAAGACAGCACGAAUGGAGCUAUGUCGACAGACGGAGAUGACGGAGAAGGAGAUCCAGGCAUGUGUUUGGUUCCAAAAUCGACGACAGAACGACAGGAGGAAGUCCAAACCACUCACACAAGCCGAGCUCGCGAGUCUGCAGUACAGCGGCAUCCGUCCCAUUGGCGGGGAGAACCUCGACGUCAGUCCUCUGAAAGUUGUGCAAGGCCCCUUUGCGGUCGCGGACCCGGUCGCGGAUGCGGUAGCUACGCCCGACGGUGGCUCGCCGGCAGGCCAGAACCCUUUCGUGCCGCCUGUGGCGCUGCCCUCUCCUCCCGCUGCGGACGACCAGCACACGAGCCACGUGAGGAGCUGCUCAGACGCAGCAGCGUACUCUCGUCCUCAGCUGCCACCGCAGGAGAGCUUCUCCGCAAGCUUCGGCCCCUCAAGCUCGUUACCUAACGUUGGAUACCUGGCCAACCGUAGGAGGGAGGGCGGUUCCUUCUCAGCACCCUCACCGCAGACAUCUGGCGGGUACGAGAGCUUCUCAUUUCGAGUGGACAAUGCCAACAGCAGCCCAAAUGCUCCGCAUAUCUACAGCGGCAGCGCCUCGCAGGUCCGCCUGUCCUUCUCGUUGGACGGGAAAGCAGAACUCAUCCCUCAAGGUGCUGAGCAGCAACGCAACAUUUCACAGGAGAGAUCGCCCUUGCAGCCGGCUCUGCAGCGCAGCCAGAGCGCGUACACCACGCGUCCCAGCCUGCCACCUCUGUCCUCCAUCCUCCCACAGGUGAGCGCGCCUCGUCUCCAGCGCGGUCGCUCGCGCAAUGCCUCUGCGUGGGAAAGCUGUGCAACGAGCGAGACGCGCGACGAGCUCACAAAGAUGGCCGAGCACGAGUCCAUUGGCUCGGCUGCCGCGUCCAUCAGUCUGAUCAGGUCGGCCAGCAGCACUGCGCUGCAACCAAGCAACGGCAACAAGAGGAACUCGUCCCUCAAGGGGCCGCUCCACCAGACCAAGAGGACCAAGUUGAGUCGCACAACAUCAAGCAUCGCCAAGCUUGGCGGCAGCGACGCCACCAAGCCACCAAGCAGUACCCUGUCCGCGGUUUCCGCGAUAGACUCGGACAAGGAGAACUUGAGCCCGGACGAGGACGGCAAUCCGCGAUUCGAGCAGCACUCACGCAGACGACCCCUUCCCUCAGCCACGACGACAACCAUGUCGGCCACGACCACCAAGAGCCGACGUGUGCUAGAAGACGCGAGAGGCGGGGCGGCAAUGCUGAAUCGUCGUGCGAGCACCGCGCCUGUGAGACGGGGCAAGCACUCGCAGGUCGUCGAGAUCUUUCAGGAUGGCGAGGACCCGGAGGUGGAACGGUUCAUGUCGCGCAGCAGCGUGAGCCCGAGCAAGAAUGACCAAAUGGACGUCGUUGCGGGACUGUUGUCACUAAGUAAAGGCGCUUGGCGAUGA